CAUCCACAGCACCCAUCCACAGCAGCCAUCCACUAGUCUCAACCACCAAAAGUCUCUCAAGCCCUCUUCCCCCCUUCUCUCUCUCUCUCGCACACAAAGCACGCCAUGCCGCUGUCCCUCACGUACGAGUCGUUCCACUCGUUGAUCUCCAACGAUCCCGUGCCACACGUCGUCGUGGACUUCCGCGCGUCGCAGGAGAAGGCCAUCCCCGCCGUCGAAGAAUACAACACAAAGGUGGUCAAGCCCGACGAGUACUUGGACGACCUCGUUGCGGAAGAUGGCUGCGCCGUCGUUGUGUAUGAUAGCAGCGACGCGCCAGAGUUCAAGUCCGAUCGCGCCGUCGUCUUCUUCAACGUCAACACAGAACCUGCAGCCAGCGACUCCUUCCAGCUCAAGUCAAAGGACUGCCAAACCGUCAUGACCGAACGGGACAACCUUGUGUUCCUGGACGUUCGCCGGCAAGAUGAAGUCGACAACUUUGGCAUGCUCAGCUAUGCCGUGCACAUCCCCUUGCACGAGCUCCUCCGACAGCUCAACCAAGGUGCGCACUCGGAAGGGCUGGAGAAGCUUCUGUCUGCAACAAAACCGGUGGUGACCGGGUGCCGCACAUCUCGCCGCGCCAAGUUCUGCACACAGCUGCUGCACGACGUCGGCGUACGCGAUGCACAGUACCUCGAUAAGGGCGCGUGCGGCAUGUCCAAGUUUCCCGAGAACAACAUGAAGUGCUACAAGUCUUAUGAGCUCACCGACCCCGUUCCUGAGCCAAGCGAUGAGCCCUGAACAAUGUGUGUGUGUGUGUGUGUGUGUGUGUGUGUGUGUGUGUGUGUGUGUGUGUGUGUGUGUGUGUGUGUGUGUGCACGACUUGAUUUCAAUCCCUCCUUUCAUCAGUUAUCGCCUCCUGUUAUUACCGGCACCCUGUUGCAUGAGUUCACGUUGCUUUUCAUGCCCCGCACUCGAGGGUCUCGCAUGUGAGCGUGUGUGUGUGUGUGUGUGUGAAUGUGUGUUCAUGCGUGUGCAUUCUCCGAUACGCGCGUGUGUGUCCACGUUCAGUGCACGUGUGAGCAUAUCGCAUGUCAACCAGGUCGUGUAUUGUUUGUUUUGGUUUUGGUGAAUAGACCGAUCGCCAGGCACCACAACACGUCGAGAAAUGAAGAGGGAAUAAGGA